GCCAAUUCAGAAUGACAGUGAAGUUCUUCUGAAGCUGAGGUGUUGCCUUCAGGGUUUUGCAGCUAGCAAUGAAUUAUAGCUCAGACCUAACACCAAUUAUUUGCUCACUGUAAUUUCAGAAGUAUUACGUAUGUGGGAAAUCGCAUGCCAAAGCAGUGCAGGGAUACAGGAAAGGGGGAAAAAAUGGCCUAGCCCAGCUGAUUGGCACAUACACACCUCUUUUGAGUUUCUUGUCCCAGUAUUUAGUAUUUGAGAUUCCUUUGUCUGGUAUGAGUGUCAUGGCUAUUUAUGGAGUGCAGUGUUUUGCAACCAUAAUUAAGGGUGUGUGGAGACUGUGCUAAAAAGAGGACACCAUAAAGAAGCACAGGGAUUUCAAACUCUGGGGUGAUCAGCAUGUGGUUCAUCACUCAACUCCUAGUUUGUACCUGGGUCCUGUUACCCUUCAGUUCAGCACGUCCAGGUAAGAAUUUCCUUCUGCCUCCCCAACACUGCACAGCAGGAACUAUCUCCCUUCUUCUGUUUUAUUCUUUCCUGCUUCAUUACUUUAAGAUUGGAAGCUCUUGUCCCAGGAGAGAAGCUGUGAAGAACAUGUUGACUCAGAAACAAUGAUUUUUUCCCCUGGUGGCAUUGAGUUGUAUGGAGUAUCGAAAUCUCUUUUUUAUUUAAAGAGCAACAUCAUGUUCUCAUCUGUUUACUGGGGGAUUUAGUGAGGUUUACUAUUGAGUAAGAUUGCAUAGGAUUGCACUGUUAAUAUAUAUAGGGUAGAAGUGGAAAAGAAGCAUUUGUGCGAGGUACAGAAGAUGCUUUCCUUGCCUGGGCUGUGGAACAAGUCCAGUGGGCAAAGUUUAAAGAAGAAUCAGGGCAAUACUGAGCAGGAAGUGUUAUGUAAUGCUGAAUAGUUGUGCUAUGGGCUGAGGAGGCAAUGUCUCUUUUGCUACUGAGCCUGACAGCUGUGGCUUCUGAGGAACCAUGUUGUAUCUCCUUGACACAUUCCUUCUAGUUCCUUUGGUGGCCCAUAUAGGUAUACGCUCUGCUCUGCUUCUUCUCAUCCCCACCCACUGCCUUCUUGAGUGAGAAGUGACUGAAGAGGAGAAGGACUAAAAAGCAGCAGUCACUGUGAGGACAGUGCCAUGCCAGUGCCCCACAUGAAGUUCCCCCUUCAUGGCAGAAGGGGGUGGCAAAGAGACCUGAUAAGGCAGAAGGCUGCAUGACAUUAGACUUUUUAUUUUGGUCAUUUGCAAAUGAUAGUGCAUGAAAACAUAAAAUGACCACUGCUGGAUCAGUCCAAGUCUGUUUCAGCAUACUCCAUUCAGUUUUGGUCAGGCGAUUGUUUUUCUUAAGGCAAUGGGUGGCGCAUGCAGAGAACCCCUUUUCCCCAUCCAUGUACUCCCCAACAACUGGUAUACAGUGGAAUACAGACGGAAAGCAUUUAAUUGUUAUGGCUAAGAGUAGUUGGUGCUGCUUUCCUCCUGUCAAAGUCAUUGAAGUUAAUGGCUAUCACCUUGUAAAAUUAAUUAUGCUUGAUAUAAUGAUAUAAUAUUUUAUCUGUCCUGAAACUCCUGCCAAUCACUUUCAUUGGGUGUCUCUGAGUAUUAUGUAGCAUUAUAAAGGAGAGAUUUAAAACUGCUCUCUAUCCUGUGUUUCCACAUUAUACAUAAUGUUUAUUCUCUCUACCUCAAGGUCUCCAAACACUUAGGGGUCCCCCCUCCCCAAGGAUCAUUUUGCAGGCACUUUCCCAUACCUUUCCCAGGUCCACAAUAUCAUUGUAUAUAUUGGUACACGAAUGCCGCUUACUAUCCCACAGCUCCAGUAUUAAUUAAUUGUGAGAAAUGUCAUUUGGGAAGGGUCAUAGCUCAGCUGUAAAGCAUCUGAUUUGUAUGCAGAAUGUUCUGGGUCCAGUUUCCAGUAUCUCCAGGUAGAACUGGGAGAAACCUGCAUCUGAAAUCCUUGAGAGAGACUACUAGUCAGUGCUGAAAUAGAUGCAACAGUGGUAUGGUUCACUAGAACAGCUUCUUAUCUUCCUAAAGUCAGUGAACUCCACCUCCCCCCAAAAAAACCCCUCUUGUGACUUCCUAAGCUUACAUUGCAUGUUUCAUGGUGUUUCCCCCCCCAAUUUUUUUUUUUGAAGAGGAAGGAAUUAUUCAGUGUUCAGUAUAAAUGAUACUGAUGUUCAAGGGCCGAUUACAAACAUUCUUUAAUAUCUGGAAUUCAAUACCAGAGAGCCAGUGUGGUGUAGUGGUUAAGAGCGGUAGUCUUGUAAUCUGGGGAACCGGGUUCGCGUCUCCGCUCCUCCACAUGCAGCUGCUGGGUGACCUUGGGCCAGUCACACUUCUUUGAAGUCUCUCAGCCCCACUCACCUCACAGAGUGUUUGUUGUGGGGGAGGAAGGGAAAGGAGAAUGUUAGCCGCUUUGAGACUCCUGAAGGGGAGUGAAAGGCAGGAUAUCAAAUCCAAACUCUUCUUCUUCUUCUUCUUUUUGUAGGCUACGAAGUUGUGGAAAACAACAUUAAAAUAAUAUGAUCUACUAAAUUUAAAUCACAAUGGUCUUUACCCGUUUUCUUUAACUGUUUCAGACGUUUCAUCCUGUGUCUUCCCGUUUAUCUAUAAAAACAAGACAUAUCAUACCUGCACCAAAGAUGGAUCCAGGUUCCAUUGGUUGUGGUGUGCUACAACCAGUUCCUAUGACAAAGACCACCAUUGGAAGUCUUGCUAUGAGACAGGUAACCACAUCACCAGAGUUUGAAAAUCUCAGUGAAGGAAGUGUAUGCACACACACACAUAUUUACUAAGAAGUAAAUUCUACUGAGUUCAAUGGGAUUUAUUUAUUUGACUUCAUUUUUGAAUUACUACUACUAUGACUACUACUACUACUAUUAUUUAUACUCUGCCCAUCAGGGCAGGUUCCCUAAAAAGAUAUUGAAGCAAUUUCACAAUAAAAAUAAUCAACAAUUAAAAACAAUUUCGUAUGUACAAACAAUGUCAUUUAUACAAAUAAUUAAAAAUUGUUCCAUAUAUAUAAGAACAAUUUGAAAUCUAAUGACGAUUGUUAUUGUUGGCAUUUGUCUGUCUCAGGAGACCAUGGAAGAGACCAUGACUUCAGGGGUGAAGUCAAACCAUUGGGAGCGCUUACAGUGCCUGCUAUGGCUCUGGAGACCAAUGGUGAAACGUUUUGAUACAGAUGCAGACCGGGAUAAAGACAAUCACUUCAAUAGGCAGCAGAAAGACAAUAGAGAUGACAACAGUCCAAUAUUUAACAAGAGAAGAGUUCCAAAGGAUAGGUAUCACUAUCCUAAAGGCUUGGUUUCCAUACCAUAUGGAAAGAAAGUCCUGAUGAGAUGGUAUCUGCAGUAGGCCCUCUACUGCAGAGCAAAGUGAUCUGCGAAGUGUGCAUAGAACUGCUCUCCUCUUCUUAGUGUUGAAGCUCUUCUCCUCUUGUUUCACCCACAAGAGAUGAAAGAAAACAACCUCAAACCCUACAGAAUGAGCAGAUGAGUUCCUGUAUGUCGCAAAUGUAUUUCUGUGCUGCCAAGCACCACAAUUCAGUUGUUGUAGCAGUGGUUGUAGUAAUCACCAUCACAGUAAUUUUAAAUUAUAUAUUUCAAAACAAUGUGAUAAAAAUAUAUUAAACAAAAGCUAAUUCCAUGAAUAGGAUAAGAGCAGCAUCAAGACAAUUAACAGUCAGAUUAGUCUGGUGGUGUGACCUAUCCAAAAUAAUUUUGAAAAACAAGUGGUGUUUGCAGUGUUGCAGACAGCCAUUAGAGAGAGAGACUCAGUUAAUUAUAUCUAGAUUUGUAUCAUUCAGAAACACUUUGAGAAUCCAAUGCAAGUUCAGUCAGCUUGCCCAAGAAUGGAACUUUCUAUGCAAGUCUGGUUUCUGCAAUUUGCUGAAUGACUUUGGUUAAUUUUAGUAUGAUGUAAUUUGGGCUCAAUUACUCUGAAGUGGUACAGCCAAGAAACAGGCUUACUGUUUGCUUUUUGUGGGAACCAGGCCGCAGUGUUUUGAGCUUCAUUGUAACAUGUACCCAACAGGCAUUUUAAGCAGAUAUCUAUCUGCAGAUCUUCCAUAUUCUUUCAUUUGUAUGCUAAUUUAUCUCUGGCAGAAGUAAUAAGAUUACCAUCAGUUUCUAUGACUUGUUUACAAUGACAUCUUUUAGGAAUUGCAGUUAACAUAUCCAAGGAGUUAGCAGAAGAUACAUGAGGUAUUACCUAGAUCUGAGUUGAAAUUUCUCAGAAAAAAAAGUCUGGUCAAUUUUUGAAGAAAUUAUUUUUCAACUUCAGCCUGAACCUUUGGAGAAUUUGGAGAACAUCAGCCAUCUCUUGGAGAAUAUUAUGUGUAAUGGUCCUCCCAGCUUAGCCAUUUAUGAAUAUUGGGUGCAACUAUGAAUCCAUAUCACUCUGCUGCUUAUUAUGCCAAAACACCAAUGAAACUUUGCAGUCAUAAUUCAGUGCAGUCCUAAAUAUGCUGAAAUUUGCUUGUCUCAGUGUGUUGUGAAGCACAUAGACUCUCCAUUAAACUGGUGUCAUAAUAUUUGCCUCAUAUAUUUCUUGUCUCCAAACAGAGCAUGGCGGCAACUCUCAUGGAAAGCCCUGUGUGUUCCCCUUUGUUUACAACGGGAGGACAUUCUAUACUUGCACAGAUGAAGAAGUCAUGCCCAGGAUGUUUUGGUGUGCAACAACAAGCAGCUAUGACAAAGACGGAAAAUGGAGCUACUGUGCUGAUACUAGUAAGCCUGUCCAUGAUAGCCAGCUUCAUGGUUCAGAACCUUCUGCACUACCAAAGUGGAAGUAAAGCAAAGCAACAAGCAGCAGAUGGUAACCGCUGGUCUAAUUAAGACCAGCAAGAUAUGGCAUAAGUCUAGAAAGAAGGCAGAGGCACAAAAAUAGCAUUAUGUACUGACCUACACUGAUAUGUGUAUUAGGGUGUCUAAGCAACCUUUUACACCCCACCCCCAGAAGUUGUUGGGAUACAACUCACAUCAUCCCUGAGCAUUGGCAAUGUUGGCUGGAGAAGAUAAGAUUUGGAGCCCAACAACAUCUGAAAGACACCCCAAAGUAAUGCUUAUUUGUUUUCCUUCUAUUAUGACUUCAUGGUAAUUUAAGGGACAUGCUGCUGCUCCCAGCCAGCGAUGAGGUUUUAUUGUUCCUCACCCUGAGAUCUUGGAAUGAAAAGCAGGUUAAAAUAUUUUAUAUAAAAUUACUGGCUUUAUGAACCCCAGUAUCAUUACUGGUACUGAUUUGGAUUCUUUUCUUGCCUCUGGAUGACAUUUUAGGUUCAAAAGACUAAGUUAAAAUCUUAAUAGUUACAGUGUCAAAUUCAGCCACCUUCCUUGCUUCCACUUGAUGAAUGGGAUGCUGACAGAACAGAUAAGCUCCAAGUUUGUUAAUUAUUUAUUAUCUCACAGCUCCACAUUCUUCUGCUCCCCAGCUUCCAGAUUAAAAGAACAGUUGAUAGUUAAUAAAAUGCUUGGUUUAAAACGAGUGAAAAUCAAUUAAACCUCGAUUAAAAUCUGUGAAGCUCUGGAGCUGGCUGCCUAGCCUGUCGCCAUCAUAACCAGAAGCCAAAAAAUUUAAUAAAGUUAUUUUUAACUGUUUCAAUCCAUCUUGUACAUUAAGAUGAUAAGGCAGAAAUUACAGUUCUUUCCCUUUGAAUAUCUCUUAUUUAUUAUUAUUAUUCUCUUUCUUUCAUUUUUAGUAGUUGUUGGGAAGUCUAAAACUGAUGUGACUCAGGAAAGGGCUUACUGUGACCCUGCAGGUAAGAACAUGAAAGCAUCUGGUUGGCUGCUUUGGGAAACUUUUGAUUUGAUAGGCUUUUGAUUUGACUCAGCAGAGUUCUUCUUAUGCAAGAAAUUAAUUGAGAAGCCCAGCUUGCUAUUGGAUCCAGAUUGCUUACAGUUGUGAGCUGUGACUGGUUCCGGUAUCUUAUUCCCAAGCUGUGCAUGUCUCAAAACAGAAUCAGACAGCAAAGUUCAGAAAAGGACAGAAAUCGAUGAAAUGCUAUGUUUUGGAGAUGAGACUUGAAUAAUUAUACAGUGCUUAUUUCAGAAUAUGACAAGGAAACUGGAUACCAACAUUUGGAAAAUACUUUUGAGCUGUAUUUAUAAUUUAAACCAUUUGGAAUAAAAAGUAAUAAUAAUGGGGUAUUGGAUAAAAAUGUAGUUACAGUAUAAGAGCAGUAGCCUGCUACAGCAAAAACAGAAACAGCUAAGAGUCCUGAGACAUUUUAAGGAAUGACAAAUUAAUUAUGGCAUGAGUUUUCAUAAAUUUGACUCGAUCAGAUGCAUGGAGCAUUAUUCUUAGUUGGCAAGUGUGUGUGUAUAUCAUUAGCACAGUCUUUCACCACAGAAAUUGUCUUGGUAGGUUAUAGUAAAUUUAAGAAACUGAAGAUGAAAAAUACUCUUUUCUGAUGCCCAGAUUCUGCCAUCCAAUGUGGCUGCCUCCUGUUGCCUCAUAGUACAGUCAGCUCUGCUCUGUCCUCCAGGAAUUCAUUCACACACACUGAUCUUCUGGUGAAAAAAUUCCUCCUCUGUCUAAGCAUUCUCUCAAACUUUCAGCACACCAAUGAAUAACAAAGAGACCAAACAAAUCAAUCAAUCAUGCACCUAACAUUUUGCUUCUUCUUUCCCUGCAGAUCCUAAUUGCCUUGUAGCUUCCAGAGGGGUGAAAAGGUUAGAUAAUGGAAAGCAUGGAAACAUCCUGCCCAAAGAAUACAGCAGAGGUGAAGAUCAUGGAAAGGAUGAAGAAAUGACAAUCCAAGAUCCUGCCUCAUCCUUCUGAUUCUUCUCAAGCCCUUUUCAGUAUGGAACUUUCAAAUUAGCAGAACAGUUUGUUGUUGUGGUGGUGACCGUGGCGAAGCGACAUGCUCUGGCACCUAGAGCGGCGAACAGGCAGGGGCAUGGCUGGCACGCAUUGUGGGAGGCACACGUUGCACGUUGUGGGGCAAGGGGCAUGCAUCGCGCAUCCCAAGGGUGCACGGUGAGCGGCAGGCAUCCUGGGUGGGGGGGGCCCCUGCUGCGAUGGAACCCCCCAGGAAUGGCACCUGGAGUGGAACACUCCCUCCACCCCCCACCUUCGUGCGCCAGUGUGUGGUGAUUCUGUGCACCUCAACAAAACAUAGAAUGAGGGUCAUAUUGUUGAUGUAGGCUGCAACUUACAAGUAAUCUUUGGGCCUCGCCAGACUGGUGUAUUCUUCAGCAUGUUGUUGAUUUAAUUAUAAUAGUGCAUUAGUAGUGAGUCUAUACUGGACUGUUUUAUUAGUUCUUCCACAAUGCAGUAGCACAACCAGACUCCUUCAUCUGCCCCAGCUGCAACACAACAUGUCUCUCCUGUAUCAGUCUCUACAGCCACAGCAGACGCCGUAAUUAUCCAACAGUUUAGCUUCACUCACAAAGGCACACUCUUCCAUUGUCUCCUGAGAUAGAUGGAGGCCAACAACAACAGUGUUUGUUGCUGCACUAUUUGAGGGUCAUUCUUGUGCUAUAGCAUGACAAAGGUGGGAUAAAAACGAAACAUCAUCAUUGGUCUUAUAUCUAUGAUUGAGUAUCUGAACCAUCCUGGGUCCAUUUUAUUCAUGCAGCCAAGGUUCUUUUCAAAGCUCCAAUGAGAAUAAAACUUUGAUGAGUGGUUUUCAAGGUGAAAGUCUCCAUCAGAAGUCAUGGAUUUUUAUCCCUUAGAGCUGCAGAAUAUUUUUGGUUAGGGCCAGAUUCUUAUCAGGGGAAUGGAGAACUCCCUGCUUUCCUUCACCUAGCCUGGCAAAAAGGGAUCUGCUUGCUACGGCUCUUUCCAGCAAACUGAGCAAGAUUUAAGCCCCACUUGUCAGCUGUGUUAUCAGUGUUACAACAAUUUAAUUACUUUUAUAUACCUAAAAUGAUCUAAGAAAAAUGCAGUGCAUAAAACAUCUUU